AUGGCAGAGAAGUGUGAGCUGAUAGCCAAUAUGUAUGGCUAUGACUUGGGAUGUCAUUUUGUGGAUUUUAAGCCAUUAGGGUUUGGAGCCAAUGGGCUUGUUCUAUCUGCUACUGAUAGCAAAAACUCCCGGAAAGUAGCUGUGAAAAAAAUUACUAUCAGUGACACACGCAGCAUGAAACAUGCUUUGCGAGAAAUCAAGAUAAUCCGACGAUUAAACCAUGAUAACAUUGUAAAGGUUCAUGCUGUCUUGGGACCAAGAGGGGCAGACCUGCAAGGGGAUAUAUUGAAGUUCAAUGUGGUUUACAUUGUGCAGGAACAUAUGGAGACCGACCUGGCACGGCUACUAGAGCAGGGUCCACUAAGCGAAGACCACGCCAAGCUUUUUAUGUACCAGCUACUCCGUGGGUUGAAAUACAUCCACUCAGCCAAUGUGCUCCACAGAGACCUGAAACCAGCCAACAUCUUCAUCAGUACAGAAGACCUUCUGCUCAAGAUUGGGGACUUUGGGCUGGCGAGGAUUGUAGACCAGCAUUAUUCUCAUAAGGGUUAUCUCUCGGAAGGAUUGGUAACUAAAUGGUAUCGUUCUCCCCGACUUCUCCUGUCACCCAACAACUACACCAAAGCCAUUGACAUGUGGGCAGCUGGAUGUAUACUGGCAGAAAUGCUAACAGGAAGAAUGCUUUUUGCAGGUAACCAUGAACUGGAACAAAUGCAGCUGAUUCUGAACACAAUACCUGUGAUUCAUAAAGAAGAUAAGGAAGAACUGCUAAAAGUGAUGCCAACGUUUGUCAACAGUAGCUGGGAGGUGAAGAAACCUUUGAGGACGUUGCUACCUGAAGUUAACCUGGAAGCUAUUGAUUUCUUAGAAAAAAUAUUGACCUUCAACCCAAUGGAUCGAUUUACUGCUGAAGCUGCUCUUCAACAUUCUUAUAUGUCUCCAUAUUCAUGUCCUGAAGAUGAGCCAAUAUCGCAGCAUCCCUUCCGGAUUGAGGAUGAAAUUGAUGAUAUUUUGCUUAUGGAAGCCAGUCAGAGCCAGCUCUCGAACUGGGAUAGUCUUCUUAACAGGUAUCAAGUGAGCAUGUCUUCAGACCUGGAUUGGCGGCAAGAUAAAGAUAAUGGUAUGAGUGAGGUCCAGCGAGACCCUCGUGCAGGAUCAGGAUCUCAAGUAGAAGAGGCUCAAGUGGAUCCACGAAAAUACUCUCAAAGCAGCUCAGAGCGCUUCCUGGAGCAGUCUCAUUCAUCCAUGGAUCGGGUUUUUGAGGGCGAUUGUGCUAGAUCAUGCGAAUACAAAGUGGGAUCUCCAUCUUACUUAGAUAAAUUGCUAUGGAGAGACAACAAACCACAACACUACUCUGAACCUCAAUUGAUUUUGGAUCUUUCCAACUGGAAAAGGACAGCAAUUCCACCGAGCAAUGAAAUAGCACUUGAGGAGGAGCCAUCCAAUCUAUUUCUGGAGAUAGCUCAGUGGGUGAAGAGCACCCAGACAGCGUUUGAGUGUCCACCAAGCCCUCUACCUGAGAUACAAGACCAGCCAUGUUCUCCCCAUCAGGAAGCACCAAGAGAAAUUGGCAACAAUGCAGAACCUGAGUUUAAUCUUGAUGUGUUCAUCACCAGAGCAUUAAAACUUUGUUCAAGUCAAGAAGACUUACCAGACAACAAACUGAAUGAUAUCAAUGGUGCUUGUAUUUCAGAGCAUCCUAAUGACAUUGUGCAGACAGAAACAUUUCACAAAGAAAGAUGGUAA